AUGGCUUCAUUCAGCGACCAUAGAAUCCUCAUCGCCUCUCUCUUUCUGCCGACUUCGACCGCUGUUCAGUUUCAUCCACAUCUAGAUUCAUUGACACCUAAAGAGCCUCGUCCUUCGUCAUCAUUGGAUUCCUCGAUAUCUCCCACCGCACCGACUGUCGCCAUCAGCGUCGAUGGAAUGAGCAAACCGCCGAUGGCGGCGUCAACGAAUGGGACAACUCAGAAGUCUCCAACCAUACCCAAGUUUUCCGUGAAUCGUCCGACGCACACGAGACAGAAUACAUCCAUGUCCCUCAAGGGCGCACCUCCCCAAUCCGGAAGUAUCAUCGAAAACUUGAUAGCUGCUGAAGGGAAGGCGACGGGGAAACAAGGGGAGAAUAGUCCAGUGACCGAAAAGCGCAAUCCAUUUGCCAGCUUUGCAUCUGGAUCACAUUCUGGAAAAUUGGACGAAGAGAGAGCGAUGGGUCCCCGAAAGUCUGUUGAGGAGGAAGUAAUAGAAGACUCGGAGUCAGAGGCACCUCGUGGUCGCUUGCCUAUCUCCCUCAAUACAAAGGGACACCUUCUACAAGUGGAAAGGUCGAAGAGUCGAGGAGAUCUAGAACUUACACCCACAACACCGUUAUAUCGCCGCCUAUCACGGAAACAAUCCAAGACAGAUUUCCCACCUCUAACUCGCGAUCAAUCGAUUGGCCCGUGGGAGAUUGAAACAAAUCCUAAUGCCAAUGGAGGACUUCACAAUGCCGUCAAGAGUAUAGAAAACGAUCUCUUGCGGGCAGGCAAGCUCUGGGUUGGUGUGCUUGGGCCAGAAACGGACGACAUACCCACAGAAAUGAGGUCAGAUAUUGAAGAAAGGAUGAAAGAGAAAGACAGCGUUCCAGUUUGGGUCAGCGACGGGGAUUUCAAAGGUUGUUACGACGACUUCUGUCAUCAGGUACUAUGGCCAUCGCUUCAUUACAUCAUUCCAGAUGCGCCAAGGACAAAGGUCAUGUAUGAAUCUAGCUCCUUUAUCCAGUACAAGGCAGUCAAUCAAGCGUUUGCGGACAAGAUCGCUAGCGUCUAUAAAGACGGUGACAUUAUCUGGAUAAAUGACUAUCAUCUUAUGCUUCUCCCACAACUGCUACGCGCACGAUUACCCAAAGCUGCUAUUGGAUUCUUCCUACACGUUGCAUUUCCUAGCUCGGAGAUUUUUCGAUGCCUCGCUGCCCGUGAAUCCCUCUUACACGGCAUCCUCGGCGCCGAUCUCGUUGGGUUUCAGACGCAUUCUUAUGCACGGCAUUUUAGGCAGACUGUCUCUCGCAUUCUUUCUGUCGAAGCGACGCCAAAAGGCAUACAACUCCGGAGCGGGCCAAAUCUUAAAGGUGGAGAAUCGCUUAACGGAAGCUCGCAGACAGCACUUGUCAAGGACCAUCAAGACACGCACAACCGAGAGCAAACGGCCAGGUUGCAUGGUCACGAGAUCACCGCACUCGAAAAAGCGGAGCAAGAGGUAGAUGUCGCAAGUUUGAAGACACUGAACGAACACGGCUUCGUCGAUGUUGCGGUAUUUCCCAUGGGCAUUGAUGUGCAGAGUUUGACUCAGAAACGGAUGGAAAGGGAAGUUGAGGAAUGGGUCCAUGUGCUUAGGGAGCGAUAUAAGGGCAUGCAAAUGAUUGUCGCGAGAGACAAGCUGGAUGAGGUCCAGGGUGUUCGGCAAAAGUUUCUAGCAUUCGAGCGAUUCUUGGAACAGAAUGAACGAUUCCAGGGAAAGGUUAUGUUGAUUCAAGUCGCCCUCUCAACAUCAUCAAUCAACGAGCUGCAGGGAAAUGUUAUGGACGUCGUGUCCAGAAUUAACAUGAAGUUCGCGAAUCUCACCUACCAACCCAUCAUAUUCUUCCAUACGCAAGAUGUCACCUUUUCCCAAUAUCUUGCUCUCUUGACAGUAGCCGAUUGCUUCAUCGUCACCUCUAUGCGGGAAGGCAUGGCGCUUCGGACACACGAAUACGUCGAAUGCCAGACCGAGCGUAAACGGCCACUCAUACUCUCCGAGUUCACCGGAAGCUAUAGCUUCAGUGGCUUCCGAACCUGUCUCCCUAUCAAUCCAUGGGACAUUCAAAUGACAGCAGAUGCCAUCCUCAGUAGCCUGACCAUGAGCGACGACGAAGCGGCAACACGUUGGGCCGAUUUGCAUUCACACGUUAAUACGCAGACUGCUCAAGCUUUUGCCACCUCUUUCUUAACGCGGGUUUUGCGCGUUAAUUACAAGCACCAUUUCAAGGAUUCCAUUCUCAUCCCAUCAUUGGAUGUGUCAAAGAUCCGCGAAAGAUACCAUCAGGGAGAAAAGAAGCGGCUUAUUCUCAUCGACUUGGAGAGAACGUUGUGGACGUUCGACAUCUCGUCACCACCACAGGACGUCGAAGUUCCAGGGGAAGCGAUGAAUCUGCUGGAAAGGCUGGUCAAUGACGAACGUAAUGAAGUCUGGGCGCUCAGUGGGUUACCUAUCCAUGGUAAGCUUGCGACGAUUGCGAAGAGGCUACCACAGCUUGGAAUUUGUGCGGAGCACGGGUGCUUUAUCAAGCCUCGUGACGACGAAGAAUGGGUCACAAUGAUCAACGACAACACAAGCGCCUGGAUGCCUGCUUGUAUGGAAAUUCUACAAUACUUCUCAGAACGGACUCCAAACUCUUUCAUUGAUAAACGACAGGCGACAAUCGUGUGGCGUUUCGCAUCUACAGACGACGAAGGCACACGAGCCUGGGCUCGUCGACAAGCAGCUGAAGCGCAGAAUCAUAUUUACGACUCUCUGGGUGAACGAUUUAGACUGCGAAUCAUUCCCUCACCUUCGUCCUUCAUUGUCCUCCCAAAGAUUAUCGGUCGAACGCCUGCAGUGGCCGCCAUACUCAACGUCAACGGUAUUCGAGGGGCCGACAUUGAGAAACCUAUCAAUAUGCCCUGGCCUACACCGGACAUGGGUGACAUUUUAAGAUACGAGUACAUCUUGGCUGUCGGAGGGGACGAGAGCUUGAUGAAUCGACUGAAGAGGGUAAAAAACGCAGAGACGAUCUACACAGGUGUGAGGCAGACGGGUGGGAGUAACUGGCGUUGUGAGCCGGAUAGAAUUUAUGGUGCAUUAGAAGAGAUCUUGAGAGCGGAUGCCAAUGAAAAGUUUAGGGAUAGAACCUGUACUCUUCCAUGUCCCAUCCAGAUCCUCGCGGCAGUUCAUCUGCGCGCUCACGGGCUUCUGUAUCAAGAAGCGGAAGGAGCAGAGGCAAAUCACAACGUGCAAGAGGGUCUAAGCCGCGAAGGGAGGGACACAAAUGAUAUUGAAAAUGCGCUAGAGGAUGAUGUGGACGAGGAGGAGGUCAAGGCUUUUUAUGCCAAAUUUGCAGCGAGACCUCUUGAGUCGAACGAAGCCAAGUACGACGAACCAAUCGACGGAAGUAGCGGCGUAGAAGACGAAGAAGACGACACGAACGAGAUCCUCGCACGACAUCUACAAAAGCAGCGAGACGAGUUGAUAGCAAGUCCUGAUUAUAUACAAGAGAAGAAAAUUCAGAAAAAUUCCACACUUGAUGACGACGUUGAUCAUGAAUUGGGAGAAACACUACGCGAAAUAUCUAUCAGAGGGAGCAAAUAUAAUAUUGGGAGCAAGGGAGACACAUAUAAUGACACGAAGAAGAAGAAGCUGGAGAUACAAUGGACACCAGAGUUAGAAGAGAUGAGCCGCGAGAAGGCAGAAGCAGAGGCAAGAACAGCAUUGAAGGAGAGGCUAAAAUCAUCUGCUGUACGGGGUUCAGGUAUCAAGCCACGUCCGGCAGGUCCAGCUCCACACUCGAAAGCCCUAGGCAAUAAACCAGAAAUGGAAGAUUUGGAGGACUAUUUGGACGAUCUUUUGAGAUGA